AUGGUGCCUCCCUACUCGCCCCUCCAGCUGGCCGUCGAGAAGGAUAGUCUCUGCAUUCCGCUAAUCGACUUCGAUCCGUUCUACUCGGGCACUCCAUCCGAUAAACAUACCCUAGCCCUAUCCAUGACCAACGCCCUCAAGGCUUCCGGAUUCCUCUACCUCAAAUCCCAUGGCAUUCCACCUAGUGUGGUCUCACGAGUGUUCGCUGCUUCAGCCCACUUCUUCGCCCGACCCCAGACACAGAAAGAUAAGCUGGGUUGGGCGACUCCACAGGCGAACCGUGGUUACGUUGCAGUGAGCCGCGAGCUGCUCGCGGCCCAGAUGGAUCUGAAGGAAACUAUGGAUAUCGGUCGGGAGGGUGUUGAAGGACAUCCCAAUCACUGGCCUGAUCAUUUUGACGACGAAGGAAAAGACUUUAAAGAGCUCAUGGUCUCUUUCUUUGACAUGUGCAAAAACCUACAGGUUCAGAUCAUGAGCGCCAUUGCUCUGGGAAUGAAGCUACCUCUGAACUUCUUUGACACGUUCACCGAUAAUGGUGACAAUACCUUGCGCCUACUGCACUACCCGCCUGUUCGCAAGGACCUCUUUUACCAGAACCCAAAGCAGGUGCGCGCCGGUGAACAUAGCGACUACGGAUUGAUCACGCUUCUCUUCCAGGAUUGCCACGGUGGACUGCAGGUGCGCAGCCCGAAGGACACGUUUGUCGAUGUGAUCCCUAUUGCGGAUUCUAUUGUUGUGAAUGCGGGAGACCUGCUAGCUCGCUGGUCCAACGACACCAUCCGCAGCACUCGCCACCGAGUUAUUGAGCCCCCUAAGCCGGUGGUGGAAGAUCCCUCCACUAAUGCUUCCGAUACAUAUCCCUCGAAGUAUAGCAUUGCCUAUUUUUGCAAUGCAAACCGAAAUGCACGGAUUGAAGCCUUGCCUGGCACCUUUGGUGAGAAUGCCCAGAGGGCUAAGAAGUAUGAAGGGACCACGGCAGGAGAGUAUUUGUUUCAGAGAUUGGCUGCGACCAUCUAA